AUGUCUCAUCAAAAAAAUGAAGAAAUAACAUAUUUUGAUAAUCCAGUUCUUACACCUUCACAAAUUAAAAAAUUUCAAAAAAUAUUUUCUCAAAAUACUAUUGAAGAAAAUAACGAAAAACAAGAAGUUAAUGAAAAAUUAACUAUUAUCCUAGAUCAGCAAGAAAAAGAAGCAUUUAUUCAUAAACUUCGUACAACAAUUUUUUUGGCACUGAUAAGAGCAGAAAAAAUCUUCUAUAAA